AUGAAUUUUCAAACAGCUCAGCGAUGUCUGAAGCUGGCAGCAGACGUCGCAGCUGAGACUGAGAGCUAUUCACCAGAACGGGAUUCGCGCGACCCUCCAGGGGAAGAAGGAGAAAUACCCAUGACACAGGUUCCCGAUGAUUCUGGUGCCAAUGUUCUGCUGAGCACUCAGAUCCAGAGCAAAAUCGACGAUUUGGAGCUGAAAGAUGGGCUACGCAAAAACCUGUCUCAAUUUGCACUGGAUACAUCUCUUCCCGCAGCCUCGGAGACAAGUUUAAGGACCAAAAAAGCAAAAAAAAAGGCUCCAUCCAACAAACAGCGUCCUAGUAAGAGACGCAAAGAGAGCUCAACCCAAGUGAAAAGCCUAACGCAGUACAAGACCGAAAAUUACGAGGCCAUCAAAAACCAGGAGCGAAGACGCCACAUCAUGUCUCUUCUGUCUGGCAAGAAAGGGAAAAUGAAGGACAUUCUGGAGUUUGUGGAUGCCGAAAUACCAACUGCGGGCGCAUCGGCUCAAACACGGCAUUCGUUUUCUACCUUCAAUGCUCAAGAAUGGUCCAACAUGCUCAAACGCUUGAGUUCUCGAUUUCCUCGUUACCUUCCGUCCCAGGUGGACGCUGUCUUUGACUACCUUUACGGUGAAGAAAAUGACGACUUACAUGUUUGGUAUAGCUCCCAAAAACCGCCUGCUGGCUCACAAGAACAGAGCCAGCCGCGUGCCAGGGGCUCUCUUUUCUUAGCUGAGUCUCCUUUGGCCCUCACUCUCUCUCAGGCCGUUGAGGAAAACAGAGACGAUUUAUCAGUCCAUGACUCGUUGUCUUGUAUUCCCAACACCACGGAUGAUUCGGAUUUGGAGAUACCCAUUGAAGAAGAUGCGGCACAAAAGUUCAGAGAACAGAUGUUGCGCUCUGCUCCAGCGAGUUCCUCAAGACUUUUGUCCUACAAUAUUGCGAAAGAGCCCUCGUUCGAACCGUUGCAAUCAAGCAUACCCACAAAAGCUUCUGAACUAAAGCAACCAUCGAUCAUUGAACCCUGGCAUCCUUCGAAACGCACAAUUUUGGCUUCACCGCCAAAAUUGGCUGACCGAGAUCAACUCAUAGAUUUGACGCAAAACUCAUUUCAUGUCGUCACUUCUCUGAUGUCGGUCGUGAAACCGGAUCUUCAGAUUCCUAUGACUAGAACCACCACUUGGAACGACAAAACCGUCUUUCCGGGUCCCGCUUGGACAACUCUGUUAUUCCGAAGAUAUGAAAAUGUCAACCGAAGUUCCGUUUUCGCCCCAAUUAGGGGCUUCGAGCACAUUCGCUGGGAGACUUUCGAAACUUUUUACAAUGAUAGUGAAGAGGAUGAGGGGCAAGAAGAUUACGAACUGCUGCGUGCUACUUUUGAUUCUGGAGCAUCCCGUUCACCCAUUCGCACUGAAAAAAUAGUUUCCGCUACCACUUCACGAGAAAACACAGUCUUUUCGGGCUCUACGCAGCCCCCGGAUGCACAGCCUAGGGAGAGGUCUCCCUCUAUUCCUGCUUCUAUCGCGCUAUCUGCUAAGGAGCUACGUCACAGCUUAAAAUCUAUUGGCUUCAAGCCCAAGCGUACACGAUCUGGCAUGCUACAACAAAUUGAAACUGCAUCUCAAACUUUCACGGGAGAAACCCACGAGCAGCAACGUGAAGAGAUCCAUCAUCACCUGACAGCAAUUGUGCGGGAUGACAGUCAACUUUUAGAGAAGGUUUACACCUUCGAGCCUUUGAUUUUCCCCGACCUGCUACAAUAUCUAAUCGAACGAAAUCCACUAAUUGCUGAUCUCGAAGAAACUACCAUAAGAAACUGGGCAGACUGUAUGGGGAUAUGUUUGAGGAAUCCUACAGAUACCAAGGCCGUCUUGUAG